AUUGCAGCGAAAGUAAAGUAAAUUUAACACUGCAGAGAGACAGACGUACACACUCGCUGAGAUAAAAUGUGGUCGUCUUGCUGUUGCUCCUCCUUGCAAACUCCUCCGCUUCUCCUGCAACCACUCAACCCCAGAGCUUCCACCACUUUCCAUACUUGCUUCCUCCCCACAAAUCUUCCACUUCCCUUUCCAAUCCGCUCACCCAUUUAUUCUCUAUCCCCAUCUCUCGAUCAAUUUCAAUACAAUCACCAAGAUGAAUACCCAGAUGAGCCGGAACAUGUUAUUGGCGAUUGUCUUGUUUUCGAAGAAGGCAUUUUCGAAGACCCUGCCCUUCAAAACCCCUCUACUUUUAUUGAUAAACCCCCCACCAAGAUUUCUACUAAACCCCAAAUUCAACCUCAGAAUUUGAUUCCUGACGAUUGGAAACAAGCCCAGGAAGCUUAUAAUAUCACUAAGCAGGAACGAAGGAAGAUUGCCCAGCAACUUCAAUUCGGUCGUAAGUUGGAGAAGAGAAAAGAAUUGCUUAAGCCUAUUAAAACUAGUGAGGAAUUGGAGAAUGAGUAUGUGGUUUAUAAAAAUGCUAAGCUUGCUCAGUUGAGGCCUGUGGUUCUUGAUAAUCCUACUUUUCCCGAUGAUCGCAAUGUGGGUGAUACUAGUGAUCAUGAGGUUGAUGAUGAGAAGUUUAGUACCGAGAGAGAGGAUAGAUUGGUUGUCACAGCUGGUGGGAGAGCCAAGCCGAGAAAUCCGAGGAUGGCUGUAUAUCGUGGCAGCUUGGAUGAUGUUUCUGAGUUUUUGAAUAGUCGGGAUUAUAUUCCCGAUUCUCCCAAGAGUUUAGAGGGUCCUCGCAAGCUGUUCACAAGGGAGGAAAAGGUCCUGCUGAAUAGGCGGGUUCCUGAUUUGGCAUCUGCUACUUCUGGUAAAUGGCAGCCUCUGCAUACACUAGCCGCAUCAGGAGAAUUUUACCUUCUAACUGAGUUGUUGAAGCAUAGCAUUGAUAUUAAUAUUCCUGAUAAGACUGGUUUCACUGCAAUUCACAGAGCAAUACUUGGCAAAAAGCAAGCUAUAUUUAAUAUUCUUCUCAGAGAAUCAGCUAAUCCUUUUGUUCGUGAUGAAGAGGGAGCUACACUUAUGCAUUAUGCUGUACGCACGGCAUCAAGUCAAAUGAUUAAAAUUCUGCUCUUAUACAAUGUUGAUAUUAACCUGCAGGACAAUUAUGGUUGGACGCCAUUACAUCUGGCCGUGCAGUCACGUAGGACAGAUAUUGUAAGGCUUUUGUUAAUAAAGGGCGCCGACAAGACGUUAAAGAAUCGGGAAGGUUUAACCCCACUUGAGCUGUGCCUCUACUCUGGUCAAGAAGCACGUACAUAUGAGCUGAUAAAGCUGAUUAAAUUGCUCCCCCGGCGGCGAAGUUAUCUGAUAAAAAGCUUGACUCAUCAGUGUGAUGGCCUAUCAACCCUUUUCAAGACAGAUAGUCAGACUCUCAAUACCUCUAUCAGUUGAUCUGCAAAUGAUUUAGUUUUUGCAUAGCUGGAUUAAGAUUUAAUUAACAUAUCAUCUGUCAGCCAGGCAAUACCUACGCAUCUUUAACUGCGGCAUACACCAUGAGUUGCUCUGUACUUAUGAUGAAUCAAUCACAAGAAGCAACAAGUUACGCCUAUAAUUGUGCUCCCACUUUCAUCUUAUGUACCUAUUAUAACAGUUGGUUUGUGUUUACCUUCUGAACAUUGAAUCCUCUGGUGACUGGUGCCAUGGACAAGGACAUUGAUAAUUACACAGAUAUAGUGAAGAAGUUAGCUGCCUAUUUUCCUUAAUUUUUUAUUGGUCAUCACUUUGGUCAGUUUAUCGGAAAUAAAAUAUUCUUCUGUAUUA